UUUCCAAUACAAUACCACAUCAACUUGGUUGGUACCGCUCGUUUGACUCCUCUCCGCCCUCUGCAAAGCUCCCUUCCAAACUUUACACUUGUUACUGAUAAGUCUCAGUCGGGAUUCCAUUGAAUCCGUAGUACGAAUUGUUGUAGGAUCGCUUCUUCGAAAUUCCCUCUCCACCCUUUCCCAUAAUCUCGUGCUCUUUUGAUUAAUGCCAACCGCUCCAUCUUCAGAUAUUGAUAUCCAAGAUUUGCACAAGUUUACAUCUUCAUGAGCAGAAAAACCAUGAGAAGUUACUCAUUAUAUAGAAAAAAAAAUAUGAUCGUUUUAUGGCCGUUAAAACGUGUCCGUUGCAAUGUGACCGUUUUAUUGUCACUAUAUUACUUCUUUCAAACUAAAACGCAAACACACCCACACAAAUAACCACUAAAAAAAUUGAAAAAAAAAGACAGCAGCAGAUUAGUGGGGACCCCGCGUGCGGCCCAGGCGCGCCUCCGCGGGUGGCCUUCGCCUGCACGCGGUGUCCCCCCUUCCAGCUGCUAUUUUUGCCAUUUUCUCCAUCUGAGCUGCUACCUAUCCACCCCAACACUCACUUCUCCAAAUUUGCAAGCUACAUUAUUGGUGGGUUGGAGAUAAAAAAAAAAAGGCAAAAAGUUCACUUUCUCCAAAUCUGCAAGCAAGGGUUGGAGACAGUCUAAGGGCUGGGAUCCCAAAUUGCUUGCCUUCAUAGACAGAUUCUCCAAAGGACAGCAACAACAGCCAUUACCAACUGAGGUUGGUGAAUAAGCGAUAACAACUUUUUAGGGAAUAGGGGGAAAGUAUGUCGAAGCAGCCCCUGGCCAAGAUGCUCCAACCCCGCAUAAUCCCACAAAGCCCUAGCAACUGGGCAAUCAAGGAACACAUGCUCCAUCGUUUCAGACUCCGACCAACAAACCAGACAUCGAGGAUGAACCUGGAUGUCCCUCUUCCUAAGUGCUUCAGUGGUAGGCAGGAUCCGGUUAAAGAUUUGCCACAGGAAUACUUUCAGCUUAGGGGGGAUCGGAUCCUCCCACAGUCGAAUCCAACUGGGUUUAUCCAUCCAACUCCCAAGCGAACGCCACCUCCCACUUGUUUUAUCCAGCAAAACUGCCAAAUGGUAGGCAGACUUCACCGAGAAAACCCCUUCAGACGUGUCAUGCCAAACCAGACUAUCUUCCACCUCAUGACGCGGGAAAGGAAUCUCUUUGAUAGCACGACAAGUAGGCGGAUCAAACCACUGGCUAAGCCUAUGGCCACAUCAUUCCCCAGCCGCAGAGCGUAUAACAACUGCAACCACCAGCUUUCCAUCAUCCAGCAAAAUCCGAGCGCUAAAAGUAGGGGCGUCAGGAUGCAACCGGGGCACCCAACUAGUAUGAAGUAGCGGGGCAUGGAGUAGUUUUCUCAUUCAUCUGGGUAUGAAGAACCCUAGAUUUGUAUGUUAGGUCUGAUUGUAUGAACCCAAGUACAGAUUUUAUGAUUUAAUUAUAUUCAAUUGAGGUUUGAAUGAUUGAAUGGCAUGAAUCCUGAUCAAAUUCCUGUUGUUUCUGCUUUAACCUAGAAAGAGAAUAUCUGCCUAGGUUAAUACAGCACCCUUAAUUGAAGGUAGUGAAUUGGCGACUUUAGUCGAGGAGCCAAUUCACUAUUAUGUACCGAAUUUACUUCGGUAGUGGAGGUUUUGUUAGUUAGGGCCUCAAUCUGUUUACUCCGGUGGAGGUUAGUCGCCCGCUGGAGACUCAGAUUGAGAGGGUCUGGAGACCUUUAGUCGAGACUUCAGACUGUUUAAGAACCUCCCGCAGUAUCACUAUCAUAGAAACUGAACUUGGUAAAUUGCAAUCCGGCUUAACUGCAGUCUAGGGGGAACCAUAUCCGGGUGACCUCUCUCGACUUGAAACAACCGUUUAAUUGCUUGCUUUGCUUGUUUGAACCUACACUAAAGUUUCACCGCUAGAUAAUAAGAAUUCACUGAGUAGUCAUCACAUCUAGGACCCGGGUUGACAUUAAAACCCAAACCCACUAUACUACGCUUUAGGAGUGAGUCAAGUUUUUGGCACCGUUGCUGGGGAUGAAUGAGAAAACUACUCCAUGGAGAAAGAAGCAAAAGCAGAGUCAGAUGCGGAAACCAUACUGUGAAGGAUGGGUUUCUGCUCCUGGUCGUCAAUCAGCACUUCUCCAAGCUCAAGCCGGGCUCCAAUGAUGAUGCAGAUCAAGCUAGGGCACUUGGGAACUCUAAUUCGUCACUCUCUCUCUCUCUCUCUCUCUCUCUAGGAAUUGCUUUGUCUCUCUAAAACUCGGAACCCCUUCUCCUUUGGCUCAAAUCUGCCUAAAAAGCAGACCCUGGGCAAAAUACUGUCGAGGGCACGACCGUGCUUUGGUUUUGCCCGCCCGUGUUUUGCCCCGUGUUAAAAACACCCCGCGUCGGCCAAAACACGGUCGUGGCUAAAUAUGGACACAGCCGUGUUUUGUUUUAGGCGCGCCCGUGCUUUGGUUUUCCAUUAGUUCGGCUCUCGGCAAUAAAAACACUAGCGUGCC